CCAUGGCGCCGAAUACGAAAGCCUCUGUUCCGGACUACAGAAACAUACCGCACGCGCACCGUGUCCCUGUCAAUCACCGUGAAGUCCAACGUAUCUUCAGCAAGCUCUCCCGCCAAUCUCUCAUCUCCCUCGCCCUACAAUGGCUCGCCAAGAAGAAUCGUGAUUUCUGUCGGCCUUACCUCCUCGGAGAUAAUGAUGCAGCGGAGGCGGAUGAAGAUGAGCAAUACACACCAGCGCAAAGCCUCGAUGAGCUGCAGGAAAUAUACAAACAAUUAGCAGCGCGUAAGGGUGGAAAGCGCGAGGUCCAGGAUCGCAUACUCGAGGGCGAUUGGCGGACUGGCAUAUCCAUGUAUCAAUUGGCUACUGCCGAUAUACAAUAUCUUCUGGAUCAUACAAACAGCUUACGCUGGACGGCAAAACGCCUUGCGCGGAUACCGAAUGCUAAGAGCGCGGUGCUGGACAUGGAAGUCACAAACGACUCUGAUCACCUCCCGCGCUUUCAGGCGCAAACAUUCAUGGCGAAUCUGGCUAGGGAAUUGACGCCACUCAUGAAGGCACACUAUCUUCUCACGAAGAUCAAGACAUUACCUAUGACGAUCUUGAGAGUGUAUAUGCACGAUUCACCAUACAGUACGGAAGCUUCCCUGGCAGCCGAGAUGGGUUCAUCGGAUAGUGCAAAAGCAGUGUUUUUCAUAUGGCCGAAUGGUUCGCCUUUUGUCUAUUCUUCUAUUGCCAAUCACUUGGGUCAAGGAAUUGGAGAUGAUGGUCGGCAUCUCCGGGAUAUCGUGCAACAAGCCAUUCCGAAAGCCUUCUCUCGGCCUUCCGCCCGAUAUCAACUGGCAGGAACUAAUUUCUCCACGAAAUCUCUUGAGGCGCUACUCAACUAUCGCGGUUCUGGUAAGAGCAACGCCGCGGCAGGAGGCUGGAGUGUAUUCCAAGAUCAUAGUUUUAGUCAGAACGCGCUCGACUUCAUCACCAGCCAGAACGAAAAGUCCUCUGCACGUACGCAGGCUACGGCAGGCGCUCAAGAUAAUACGUCCAGCGCAUCCGCAAUUCCAUCGAUGGGGCGACCCACAAAGCACACACUAGACUCUACCCAAUCCUCGGAUUCUAAGCGAAGACGCGCAGUGGCGGAGGGACGGUUUGGGACUUCCGCAUUGCCUGGCGAUGGGCAGGGCCUCGAACGUAUUGAGGUACGCAUAGACGAUGCAUUUCCGCAAACACCUGGAGGAGGACCACAAGCCGUUGACGAGAGCAAUGCCCGCACUGCGAAUCACGAUCGCAGAAAAGGUCGCCCAUCUAUACUCGAUCGUUCGAUUGCGGAGGUUGAGGAAUUGGAAGACGGUGAGGCUUGGGUCCCAGACGUUCGCGUUGUAUUCCAGGGUCCACACGUGUUUGCCGGUAUCAGGCAGCUUGUGGAACAAGGGGUUGUAGAUGGUGAAGAGAUGCCUGGCUGGAUGACGGGCGAGGCAGGUGUCACUGUAGCGGCGGUCAAGGGUGGUAGAAUACAAACCAAGAAGGGACAUGAACUUGAUGUAUGA